UCAGAAGAUGAAAAAGGUGAUUUUGAAGUCGAAAAAGUUAUUGAUAAACUUGAAAUGAACGGAAUAAUUCAUUAUGUUAUAAAGUGGAAGAACUAUAGUGAGCAAUUUAAUGAGGCCAUCCCAGAAAGCGAUUGCAACUGUCCAGAGUUAAUUAAAGAGUAUGAA